AUGACCAAGGUGUUCACAAACACUAAGUUUGAGUGUGUGCAACCACGUGGGUCUCUGCUCCCUGACCUGUUUCCUGUUUGGAAAGAGUUCCAGCUUCAUCACGGAGUUUCUCUCGGUUUGUGGGCUCAUCUAAAGGACCAACGUGGAUCGAGAAGUCAGCGCUCUCAGGAGGCCGACAAUUUUGUUGAAGAAAGAAGUGGUAGCAAAAAAUACAACCGUGACGAGUUUGGGAAAGAUUUUACUGUGAAAGCUUCCCUAAAAAUGCAUCAGGUCAUCCACACUGGAGAGAGACCAUUCAGCUGUGGAGACUGUGGAGAGUCUUUUACCAGGUCUGGACACUUAAAAACACACCAACUAAUCCACACUGGAGAGAGACCAUUCAGCUGUGACGAGUGUGGAAAGUCUUUUACGCAGUCUGGACACUUAAAAACACACCAACUGAUCCACACUGGAGAGAGACCGUUCAGCUGUGGAGACUGUGGAAAGUCUUUUACCAGGUCUGGAAGCUUAAAAACACACCAACUAAUCCACACUGGAGAGAGACCGUUCAGCUGUGGAGACUGUGGAAAGUCUUUUACGCAGUCUGGACACUUAAAAACACACCAACUCAUCCACAGUGGAGAGAGACCGUUCAGCUGUGGAGACUGUGGAAAGUCUUUUACCGAGUCUGAAAGCUUAAAAACACACAAACUCAUCCACAGUGGAGAGAGACCUUUGAGCUGUGACGAGUGUGGAAAGUCUUUUAUCCACUCUGGAAGCUUAAAAAGACACCAACUCAUCCACAGUGGAGAGAGACCAUUCAGCUGUGAUGAAUGUGGAAAGUCUUUUACCAGGUCUGGAAGCUUAAAAACACACCAACUAAUCCACACUGGAGAGAGACCGUUCAGCUGUGACGAGUGUGGAAAGUCAUUUAUGCGCAUUUCACACUUAAAAUCACAUCAACUCAUCCACAGUGGAGUUAAACCGUACACCUGUGAUCAGUGUGGCAGAGCUUUUACUCACAGUAACAACUUACAGAGUCAUCUAGUUACCCACUCUGGAAUUAAGGCGUACAGCUGUGACAUUUGUGGAAAAACUUUCAGCCAGAUAGGGAGCCGAAAUACACACCUACGCAUUCACACCAGACAUGAUGUGUACAGCUGUGAUCAGUGUGGUAAACAGUUUACUACAAACACAGAUUUACGACAUCACAUGUUUACCCACACAGAGGAACGACCUUAUAAAUGUGACCUGUGUGAGAAGACUUUUAAAUCUCCACGUUACCUGAGACAACACCAACAGAUCCACACGAGAAAGACUCUACAAGUGCAGUUACUGUGAGAAGCAGAGCGACACAGAUGGAUCAAGUUCUCAACCCUGUCAUCGCUGUGGGAAAGACUUUUGUUGUGACCUUUGUGGAAAAACUUUAAGUCAUUGAAGGACUCUGAAAAUACAUCAACGUAGACACACUGGAGACAAAAUGAACUACUGUAAAGAAUGCGGGAGAGGCUUCACCACUUCAAAGGACUUCAAACAAUAUGAACUCCUUCACAGUGGCGUUAAAAAGCAUGUCUGCGAUCAGUGUGGGUCAUCCUUCAUCAGUGCACGUCAGCUUGAAAAGCAUAAACGAGUCCACACAUGAGAGAAAAUGUUAGAGUGAAUUGUAAAUGUUUGUCAUUUUUAUGCUUGACCAUCCAUCUCUAUAUAGUUUAACUGUGGGAUGAAAACAAUUCCACUCUCCCCCUCCCCAGAUUCUCGAGGUUCUGGGUGCGAGGUUGAAGUGUGUUAUCACAGGUCUUUUGAUGUAAGCUUCCUGCGGUUACGACCCUUUGGUCAGCAGGAGGACACACACACACACACACACACACACACACACACACACACACACACACACACACACACACACACACACACAUUCCUACUUACAUAUAGAAAUUCACACAUGGCAUACAAAACUUUGUCUUAGAACUAUGUGGGCGUUACUUCUUGUGUGUCUCAAUAAAAAGCAGCAGGAGGAGGUCAUCGUCGGGGGUCAUUUUCGUGUGAGACACAAGACGAUACCUUCCUUGCAAGUGAAAACGAUCGAUUGCUGUUGCCUUGUAUUUCUUCCACGGGAAUAAGUCUCUAGAAUUAGCGGGGUCUGAGUUCAGACCCAACAUUUAUUUGGUCCUUCGAGAGCCGGAACCUAACAUAUCGCAUCCACCGCGAGGAGAGGGAGAGGACGCCACCGCAACGUCUGGGACGAUUGACGAAAGCCCUGGUUUCUUUACUUUGUCACCAGGCCGGAGAGUUUGCGUCUGAACUCCCCUCGGGAUGGAUGGCGAUUGACGGGAACCAGAGACUUUUCCCCUGAACGGAAACAACACGAACAGUAAGUACAGAAGGCCUUAGAGAGCAGCUACGUGACCCUGCGUUGAGCGCAGGCACGGGAGCGAUGGUCACAAGAGCGCACAUGGACCUAAAAUAAUAGAGCGGCUACGGGCUGUACGUUAAACGUGAGUCCGGGAGCGCGCUAGCCGCGUG